CAGCAGGUGGCGCUUGUAGGUGCGCUUCUGCUCCGCUCCGCUUUGCUCGCCCGCCCGUCCGUCCGGCUGCUGCUCCUCCGUCGCUUUUUGCGAUGCUGGUGCACCUCAAGACGGCGUUCCGACAAGCCGGGAAGAUGUCCCAGGGGAUCUUGCCCAAGCUGGAAGCCAACGUCCUGGUCCUCGGGGCGGAGAAAGUGGGGAAAUCGGCUUUAACUGUCCGGUUUCUGACCCGGAGGUUCAUCGGUGAAUAUGGGAACAUUGAAUCCAUUUAUAAUCAUCACAUGAAGGUGGCCGGGCAGAGAGCUUCAUUCAGUAUCUGGGACUCGGCCUGCCCACAGGUGGCCAGCCUCCAAAGCUGCCUGAACGAGAAACAGCUGCACUGGGCUGAUGGUUUCAUUAUCGUCUACAGUAUCUGCGAUCGGGCCAGUUUCGCUUUUGCCCGUCAUCAGCUCCACUGGCUCCGACGUUCAAAGAGAAGAAACGGGACACGGAGGGCGCCCAUCGUUCUGGUGGGCAACAAGCGGGACUUGCAGCACCAGCGGGCUGUCUCCAGCGAGGAAGGUCGCCUUUUGGCCCUGUCCACCAACUCUGGCUUUUUCGAAAUUUCGACGGCCGAGACCUACCAUGGCUCCCUGGUGGUCUUCAACGAACUUCUUAACCUGGUCCAGGACUCAAAGAGGUUCACUAAGAAGACGGUGGGCAUCCGGGAGAUUGUCCGCAGCGUGUCAGCCAUCUUUGAGCGAAGAAGGGCUGACUGAAGCUUGGCUGGGGAAAAUUAAGAGCAGGCGUUGAAACAGAAGCCAUUGAGGGUGGCUCUUGACCUGAACAAGCGAUUCCUUCUCGCGGAACAUCAGAUUAAAAAAAAAAAAAAAUUACAGAAGGAAGCAAGGAAACAUGUACAUGAUGUACUUGGUUCUGGGCACAGCUUGAAAUGUUCUUUCUGAUUACCAUGGGAAACAGGGAGAAAUAGUAAAUCUUUCUAUCCUAACAGGACAAUCGUCUCUAGCAAUUCACAGGCUUCCAUUUCUAAGACAAAGUUAUCAGCACAUGUUGCUCGGACUUUGCGUGUGGAACAGGGACAAACCUAGAUGUUCUGGAGGAGAAGCAAAGAUCCUUGGGCUUUAAUAACCUGGCAUCUAUACAGAAUACCAGGAUUUGAAGGGAUCUUAGAGGUCUUCUAGUCCAACCACCUGCUUAGGCAGGAACGACUAUACCGUUGCAGACAAUCUCUUCUUACAAACGUCCAGUGUUGGAGCACCCACAACUUCUGGAGGCAAG